AUGUUUAACAUUCAUUGUGUAACGAUCAUGAUAGUGGUGAUGAUAUCACUGAUUUGUGUUGUUGCUUCUGUUGUAUCUGCACAACAGAGAAUCGAUGUCAAGUAUUCGAUUCAAACUAUUGUUGGUACUGGACAAACAAGUUUUAACAGGGAUGGAUUGACUGGAUUGGCCACCACAAUUAAUAGCCCUAUUGGUUUGUUUUAUGAGGAAAGAAGUGGAGACUUGUACUUUGCAGAUACUAAAGCAGUAGCUGGAAACGGAACAGCUGGAUACACUGGAGAAGGAAUUCUUGCUGUCAACUCGACACUUAACAGACCUUACGGUUUGUUUAUUUCGAAUAACAAUGAUAUUUACAUUGCUGGAAACUAUGCCAAUCGAAUUCAUCUAGUUUCUUCCAAGGACAACAAGCUGUACACAUUCGCUGGCACAGGUGUUUCUGGAUUCAAUGGUGAUGGCUUACUUGCCAAUCAAUCAAGAUUUACACAACCACUAGAUAUUAAACUGAUCAACCAAGAUAAUCCAAACAACAUGCAAAUGAUCAUUGCUGAUACAUAUGGCAGUAGAAUUAGAGUGGUGAACAUUUCAACGAUGAUCACAAAAACACUUUCAACUCUUAGUUAUCCUUUUGGAAUAGAAUCAGAUAGUGAUUCUAAUGAAUUACUCAUUGGAUGUGCAUCACCAAACAGUUAUGUUAUCCGUUAUAAUCUCAACACAAAUAUCAUCACAACCGUGACAGGUGUCAAUGGAAAUUCUUCUCACACAGGUGAUGGUGGACUAGCUCAAUUCGCCACUUUUAACAAUGUGAAUGGUGUUGCUAUUUCCAAACUAAACGGAGCCAUUUAUAUUGCUGAACCGAAUGGUAAUACUAUUCGAAAGAUUUCUAAAAAUGGAAUAAUUACAGCAAUUGCUGGAAGUGGGUCAUCAGGUUACAAUGGAGAUAAUCAACAAGAUGCCACCAAAUCUAAUUUAAAUGCACCAAGAGUAAUUGUUACUACCAAAUCUGGAGAAAUCUUUUUCACAGAUACUAGUAAUAAUAGAAUAAGAAAGUUGACAGCUGUUUGUCCAACUGGAUAUGUUAUGGAUGCGUUUAAAACUGUGUGUUUGGCAACAUGUUAUGGAAUUGUUUAUAAUAAUUCAAAUGUUUGUGGUUCGAAUGGAAAAUGUCAGGCAGUUGACAGUUGUGUUUGUGAUAGUGGAUAUUAUGGACUAGAUUGUUCGAUUCCUGUUUGUUUGAAGUCUACAAAUGGAGAAUGUGUAAAUGUCACUAGUACACCAGUUAUUAUUGAAAACAUUGAAACAAGUCAAUUGUCAAACAAAUCAAUUUCAAUUGGUAGCUCAGAAAAUAACUCUACAUCCAAUUCGUCCAUCUCAAUUUCAUUCCCUUCAGAUUUUUCCAAUUAUGUUUCUAAUCAAACAACUUCCUCAUUAAUUUCACUCUUAACAGCUGUCUCCAAGGGAGGAGAAAAUGUGACAACUUCAAACACAACCACUUCUUCAAUUGUUUCAGAUAUUAUCACAAUUUCACUUGCCUUAACAAACGGAGAAAAGAUUCAAGUUUCUAAAUUAGAUAAUCCAAUUCAAAUAUUAUUCCAAAAGCCAUCAACAUUUUAUGGAAAUUUGACAUGCAUGUAUUUUGAUGAAUUGGUUAAUGAAUGGAAAUUAGAUGGAGUGGAAACUAAGAUUGAAGAAUGGACUGUAACUUGUCUGACUUCUCAUUUGACAUCAUUUUCAGUAAUUGACAUUAAUCUCAAGAAGGAAAUUGUUAAGCCAAACAACCCUAAGAAUAUCUAUUAA